AUGAUCACAAGCCCAUGUGGCUGUUCAAAGCUUCCUUCGUGGAAACAGUUGCAGUGUAGAUCAAGCAACUUUAGGACUUGGCCCAUGGCGCUGUGGAGUUUGAUCGGCACCAUGAAGAUCUGGGUGCUGCUCGCAAUCCCAGUGCCGGCCGAAGAAAUCGCAGCUCCGGUGACAACCGACUACGGGUGCUUCCGUGGCUCGGAGCCUCCAUGCAAGACAAGAUUUGGUUGCACCAAUGGCUUCGCGUUGCACUGCAGCAUGUUUGACUACUUCGAAGGUUGUGAAGGCUGGUGGAAAAAGGGCAUUGUGGGUGGCGAAGCCUGGGAAUGUUGCCAAUGCCGAGGUCCUGCACCUGUGAGCACUGCAACCCCAACAUCGCAGCCAGUGGAGUGCUGGGCCACUCCGGAGAAGUGUCCGCUCUCGAAUGCUGGAUCUUGUUGCCUGAGGACGGCCCAGUGCCCCGAAGGCUACGAGCUCGCAGGGGCCUUGGAGAUCUGUGGGCAGCGGACUUGCGGCGAACUCAACGACUACACCUGGACUGAAAUCAACAACAACUCCCGCAACUGCUGGUUCGGCCGCGAAUCCGUGACAUGCCAAACGUGCGUUUAUGUGGCUGAUCGUACCACCACGUCCCGGACGCGCACGACCACCAGCACAGCCACGGUCACUAUCACAGUGCCCUCCACGGCUGUGUGGGAGCCGGUAGGCCCCGUGGGCGAAUCUGCUUGCCGAGGGCGGGACGUGAACGACAACUCAGCUGGACACUACACCGUGCAUGAAAGGUGGAGUCUUGAGAGCUGCAAGGAGCUGUGCCUACAACUAUACCCCAGGUGCAAAGGAGUUGAAUACAGCCCAGGCCGUUGUGAGAUCUGGACAAGGCCGCAGGGCAUCUACAUCUCCAAGCCGCUCGGUGGCUUCACUUGCCUUCGCUUCGGGUGGCCUACGGAGGCCCUGAUACCGCUUGGGGUAGGCACUGCCUGUCGUGCGCGCUCUCCGACAGACAACUUCCAGGCUCGUGGAGGAUUGCAAAGCCCAGUGCUCCGCCGCAGCCACGUGUUUCGGCAUCGAAUUCAGCCUGGGGCGCUGUGA